UCAAGUGAGUUGCAAACCCCGCCCCGGAGGCCCGGGCCGGCGGCCGGACGCGACCGGACCGCAGCGAUCCGCCGGAGCCGAGGCCGCGGCCGUCCACCCCCACCCCCGGCGGCCGGGAGCCAGCCCAGGGAGGCCGGGCCAGGACCCGGGCCGGGACGCCUGGCUCCGACCCGCGGGGCGAGGAGCCGGCCGGCUUCCCCCCACCCCCCACCCCGCGCCGGGCCGCCGCCCCGCGUCGCGGUCCCGGCCGUCCAGGCUCCCCCGCGCCGCGGGGCCGCAGUCGGGGGGACCGGACCGGCCCGCCGGGCCCCAGCCCCCGCGCGAGCCUCCCCCGGCCGGCCGUCACCCCGGGCCCCGAGGCUGUCAGCAUGGUGUCCUGGAUGAUCUGUCGCCUGGUGGUGCUGCUGUUUGGGAUGCUGUAUCCUGCUUAUGCUUCCUACAAGGCUGUGAAAACCAAGAACAUUCGGGAAUAUGUUCGGUGGAUGAUGUACUGGAUUGUCUUUGCAAUCUUCAUGGCGGCGGAGACCUUCACGGACGUCUUUAUUUCCUGGUUCCCUUUCUACUAUGAGAUCAAGAUGGCCUUUGUGCUGUGGCUUCUCUCUCCCUAUACCAAGGGGGCCAGCCUGCUGUACCGGAAGUUUGUCCACCCAUCCCUGUCUCGCCACGAGAAGGAAAUCGACAUGUACAUUGUGCAGGCCAAGGAGCGCAGCUACGAGACGGUGCUCAGCUUUGGGAAGCGGGGCCUCAACAUUGCGGCCACAGCCGCUGUGCAGGCUGCCACCAAGAGUCAAGGUGCCCUGGCUGGCAGGCUGCAGAGCUUCUCCAUGCAAGACCUGCGCUCCAUCCCUGACACCUCCGCCCCCACCUAUCAGGACCCCCUCUACCUGGAAGAACAGUUACCCCACAGGAGGCCCCCCAUUGGGUACCGGGCAGGGGGUCUGCAGGACAGUGACACAGAGGAUGGGUGCUGGUCAGACACAGAGGCAGUCCCCCAGCCACCUACCCGGCUCCGAGAGAAGCCACUGAGCCGCAGCCAGAGCCUGCGUGUGGUCAGGAGGAAGCCGCCAGUACGAGAGGGCACCUCACGCUCCCUGAAGGCUCGGAGUCGGAAAAAGACCAUACCCUCCGACAUGGACAGCUAGGUUCUGCAGAGUAGGCUCUCUUACCUUGUGCCCGCAAGGUGCCAGGGACCAUCAUCAGGGAAUCUUUGGCCUUCACGCACCAAGUGCCUGGUCUCUACCCCCUCUGACUUCCACAAAGGACCAAGGUGAUGCUACAGGGCUUGCGUGGAGAUGCACCCACCAUGCACCAAAGCAGGCCAAGCCCAGGGUCCUGUCCAUUACCUUCCUCAGCCCUCUGCCUUCCUAGAUGUGGGACCAGAGGCCCCCAACACCUGCACAUGAAACCAAAAGUCUGCCCAGCUGUGAUCAUUCCCUCCUGUCCUUCAGAGUACUUGACAGCCUUUUCUAAGGCCUGGUGUGCAUGUUCUGGCUGUGUGUUUUGUGUUGAUGAAUGAGGUCAGGCUUGUGAACGUUUUGAUAAAUAAAUACAUGAAAUCCG